AUGUCCAAAAGGAAAAGAAGCCCCUUGACUUCCGCUGCCAAAAGACACGCACUUGUCGAACACGACGAAAGUGAAAAUGAUGAAGAGGGCGGGAGUGAGCUUCUUGUGCAGUUGCCAAAUGCUGAUGAGGUCGCAAGCAAUAGUGGCAUCGUGGAGAGCAUCACACUGAAAAACUUCAUGUCCCACUCCUACCUCGGGCCCAUCCACUUUGGAUCCAACGUCAACUUUGUUAUUGGCCGCAAUGGAAGUGGAAAGAGCGCUAUCUUGACGGCGCUCAUCGUCUCAUUAGGCGGAAACGCACAAGCUACGAGCAGAGGAACAUCUCUGAAGAGCUUCGUCAAGAGAGGGGAAAGCUCAGCCGAUGUGUCCAUCACCCUGAACAACAAAGGGAUGAACACCUACAAACCUGAGCUGUAUGGUUCCUCCAUCAUCAUAGAUAUGAGGCUCACCCACGAUGGCGUGAGAACUUACAAGCUGAAGAGUGAAGGCGGUCAAAUAAUCUCGACGAAAAAGGAGGAGCUUGAAAGCAUUCUCAACAGUUUUAAUAUUCAGGUCAACAAUCCUUUGUCGGUUCUCAACCAAGAGAUGAGCAAGUCCUUCCUGCACGGCAAAGGAGAGGGGGAAAAAUACAGGUUUUUCAUGAAGGCCACACAACUGGACCAGAUAAAAGAUGACUUAAUUCAGAUCAAAGUCUCCAGGAAGAGUACUGAAGAGAAACUGGCAAAACUCAGUGAGUACCAGAAAGAGGUGAAGCGUAAUUACCAGGAGCAAGAAGCCCGCUACAAAAACCUGUCGUCUAUUAACGAGCUGGAAACAGAGCUGGAGGAUUUACGGAAACAGAUGGCCUGGGCUGUGAUUGGUGAGAUGGAGAAGGAGCUGGAACCCAUCAAAACAAAGCUGCAGACUGAUAAACGAACCACAGAGAAAUACGAUGAAAAAGUGAACGAAUGGCAGGACAAGGUGAAGCAGGCUGAGAACAAGUACAAGCAGCUCCAAGAACAGCAGGAUGGCUUCAAGCGGCAGGUCCAGGAACUGCUGCCCGAAUGUAGCAAGCUCAAGGAUGAGGCGCAGAAACACAAUGCCGUCUUCAAGUCCAGCGAGAUUGCGGUCCACCGAUGCCAGGUUAGCCUGAAAGAUCUGGCGAAAGACAAGGUGCAGUUGUCUUCUAGGAUACAUGAUCUCCAGUUGAGUAUCAACCAGGCGACCGGGGCAGCGAGGAGGGCCAAGGCCGAAAACAUCCAACGUAUCCAACUCCAACUGGAAAAUCUCAACCAUUGCAUAUCCACUUUGACUCAGCAGAUUGGCCAGUAUCAGAACGCCUGCAGGCGUGUCAAGGAGGAGCACGGAAAGAUAAAGCAAGAGCAUGCCAUACAACAGAGGUCGCUGCAUGCCAGUGAACAGAACUUACGGACAAUGGAAGCAAGUCGAUCCAAUCGUCUGCGGCGCUUCGGGGAGUACAUGCCGGGGCUCCUCUACGCCAUCCAAGAGGCUCACAAAUGUGGUCAGUUCAAACAAAAGCCACGAGGACCCCUGGGCUACCUGAUCAAGCUAAAGGACCCAGAGCAGGCUCUUGCCAUCGAGGUGUGUUUGAAAAGUCUGCUGUUCGCCUUCACGUGCGACAACUACGAUGAUGAAAAAGCACUGAAAGGGAUCAUGGCAAAGGUCAUGCAGUCGGGCCGCAGGCCACCCAUUAUCACCUCCAAGUUCCUCCCAAGGGUCCAUGACACAAAAAGAAGGGCUGUGAACCACCCCAGCUAUCCGUCAGUUUUUCAAAGUUUAGAAAUUGAGGACCCGGUUGUGGCCAAUUGCCUGAUCGAUCAAAGGGGCAUCGAGAACAUUUUGCUCAUCAAGAAUCGCGCCGAGGCUCAUCGUGUGAUGAUAUCCGAAAAACCGCCCCCCAACUGCAACCUGGCAUUCUCUGUCGAAGGCGACAUGAUCUUCACCAACCGCUCCUACUCCUCCGACCAAACACGAGCCAAGUUCCUCACGGGGGAUGUUGAGAAGGAGAUCAUACACAUUACAAGAGAGCUAGAGAACCAAAGAGCUAAGGCGUUGGACUUGCAACAGCAAAUGAAGAAGAUGGAGGAGGACAUCAAACAAAACGAGGGGCUGGAAAAGGGCGCCCAUGCUGAAAUGAAGAUUGCCAAUGACAAAGUCAAAAGGUAUCAACUGGAGCUGUCCGACCUCCAAAAUAUGGAGGAGCCUCAGUUGGAGGACCUCAAGCAACUGGAGGAUGAACUUCAGGAGAUGACUGAAAAGAUUUCGACCAAAAAGAACGAAUGGGAAGAUGAGCGAGCCAGCAUGUCAGUAUUCAAGGUCAACUACAAGCGGGCAGAGCAGGAAUACCAGCAGCACAAGGAGAACAUCGACAGUAUCAACGAGGAGGCGGAAGGUGUCAAGGAGGAACUGAUCAAGGUGGAACAGGAGGUGAACAAGUGCAUGCAUCACAAAAAGCACUAUGAAGACAAGCGCAGCGGUCACCUCCAAAACAUCCGGGAGCUGGAAGAAACACUGCAGAGCAAGGAGCAAGAAGUUCAGGUGAGCAUCACCAAAGCCCAACAGGUCUGUCCUGAGCGCCUCCAAGUUACACAGACGGCCCGGAGCCUGGAUGGGGCGAUGAACUCUGUCAAGGUGAAAAUCGCUACGAGGAAGCAGGUAGAAGGGGACCCGGAGCAGAUACUCAGAGAGUUGCAAGACACUCUGGCCAAGUAUAAGGACUUGGCAGAGCAGAUUAGAAGCUUCAUUCUGUUCUUAAAAAAACUGGACAUGGCCAUUAAACGAAGAGUUGCAUUUCAUGCAGAACUCCGCGGUUUUCUUUCGGCGCAUUGUAAGUAUAUCUUCAACAACAUGCUUUCGGAGAGAGGCUUCACAGGGAACAUCAACUUCAACCACGACAAAGAGACCCUCUCCAUAUCUGUGCAACCGGGAAGCAUGAGUGAAGGCGACACCGUCAACAUGCGCUCACUAUCAGGGGGCGAGCGUUCCUUUUCCACCGUCUGCUUCGUUCUGUCACUCUGGGAAAUCACUGACGCACCCUUCCGCUGUUUGGACGAGUUUGACGUCUAUAUGGACAUGGUGAACCGGAGGGCCUCCAUGGACAUGAUGCUGAAAGCGGCAGAGGCCAAGCGCAACGUGCAGUUUAUCUUCCUUACGCCGCUCAGCAUGAGUUCUUUUCCAAAUGCAGAUCUCAUCAAAAUAUUCCGUCUUAAAGAUCCGCAAAGAGGCGAAGAAAAUGCAGAUGAAGCUCAAUCCUAA